AUGUUGGGAGCACAAUUAAGCGCAGAUGCCGUGAAAGGGAUCGGUCAUCAGUUGUUUUCUUGGAAGCAGCGAUUGGAUGACUGCGGACCUGACCCGGUCAGUCUGUUGUGCCGCACUCUGCAUGAACGGCCCACUAAGUUAGCUCGGACAGGCCAAUCCAUCGGAGAGGUUUUCGAAGAUUUGGUUGCAGGCAGCCCAAGUAUUUCUCUUGCAGCUCUGAAUCGCGCAUUGAAGGCCCGUAAGCGUACAGGCCAAUCUGCUGACGAACUUGAGCGCAUGUUGAAAGAAAAAUGGGGGCUGGUCUUGGUCGAGUGUAUCAAGAACGCACGACUUCCUGUUUCAGAACGUAUGGAUGCGCUCAAUGCUGAUACAAAGGCUUGGCUCAGGCUUUUCGGUGGGAGGCGAGGCAAGACUCUUCGCAAUCGUGCCCGAGACUGGAGUGCGUUCAGUGACUGGUUGCUUGCGACCCAUGGGGAAAGUUGGCCAAAGGACGCUGGUCGAAUUCUUGGUUAUCUUGAAGAGCGUCACGAGCUAAAGCCUAUUGGCAAGUCAGUCCCGAAGUCCUUGCUGGCCACUUUCUCCCUUUUGGAGACCAUCGGGCAGGUGAGUCCUGAUUCGAGAUUUAGCAUGGACCCCAUUUUGGUUGAAACCGUGAGGUCAUGGACGUCCGACCUCGAGGCCGAGAACUUGAGCAUAAAGCAAGCGCCGCUUUACACUGUGGCCGUGCUGCUUUCCUUGGAGCUGCUGGUUUGCACUACCUCGCAGGUUGGCGAGCUCUUCGCUUACAUCUCGCGUUCAGCUGGCUUGAGCGGCUUUGACUGGCUCUCCGAAGGACCUGGAGACCCGUUCCCAGCAGGAUUUGCGCCUGGGCACAAAUUUCG